AAAUAUAAUAAAUAAUAGUUAUAAUAAUUUCAUAUAUAAUAAAUAAGUUUUCUUCAUUAUUUCUUUUCCUACAAAAGUUUAAAAACUUGAUUUUUUUGGUCGGUCAGAUUUCAAAAGCUGUAUUGCAAGAAAACGUGAUAUUAGCCAAGUAUGUAUUAUUCGCACAUGUGUAUGUGUGUGCGUGCGUGCGUGUGUGUGUGUGUGUGUGUGUGUGUAUGUCAACGUUCAUUUCGUGUAUUCGUUACGGUUAUGUCUUUCGAUUCGCCUAACCGUAAAAUGUCAAUUGCUUACUCUUAUUGCUUUCUGUUAAUAUUUGUCGAGACGAUAAGACAGAAUGGUACUGAAAGCAUUUGAAGAAACGAGGAAUGAAUAAUACCAACGCGACCAUCCAUGAUAUUUUAUCAGGUGAGCCGAAUGAAGGUUCCCCGAUGACAUUCGUGACCGACACGAUGCAUUUUAGGACGCCGAUCGAUCUCCUUGUCCUUACCCGUCGGCGGCGGCAUCAUAAUCGCGAUUAUAAUUUGCACUUGCUGCUGCACUCUGUUCGUGAGAAACAAGUGUGCGAGGCUAUUUAGUAAGCUGACCGGGAGACGGAAGAAAGAGUCAGUAUAUAAAAUUAAUCGUUCCACGUAUUAUUAUCUCGUGAUUCUUUUUCGGCACGAUUACGAAAUUCGAUAUAGAAUAUACACGGAAAAAAUUUUGUUCAAGUAUUUAAAAGUUCUGCUGGAUGCAGAUUAAAAGACCAUUUUAACGAGUCACACCAAAAUAAAAUUUUAAAAUGUGUAAGAUAAUCAAAAGUCCUGUUCUUUUUAGCUAAACUGGCUGCACUAGUUCAUAGUUAAUCUUUUUCUCUUUAUAUUGGAAGAAGAAAGAUUAAGUAUGAAGAGGUCAGCCAGUUCAGCUAAAAAGAACAGAUCGAAAUUGAUUGUUAGAAAAUUGUCAAAGCUUUUUGCAGCCUCGCUCAUCAUACUUGAACGUUCAACAUAAUCAUUUGCACAAUGCAACAAAAUUAUUUCUACGUUCAGAAAGUACUUCGCUUCCGAUAUCGAGGAAGGACGAAAGAAGUUGCGAAAAAAGAGGAAAAGAGCUGUGUCGCCGGAUCUGCCGAUCGGCACCGCGGCGGAAGUCACCGCGCCGAUUAUCCCCAGGGUACAGGAGAGGUUGGAGGACGCGUCGCCGGUUCCCUGUUACAAAUGUUACAGAAAAAAGAAGAGGGGACGGCGAGCGAAGAGGCAGAUACGAUGAGACACGAGGAGAAGAGAGGAAGGUUAAUCGAUAAGCAAACGGGCGAAAAUGAGACAUCUCUCCGAAUUGAAAAGAAAUAAAAACACACGCGAUAACAGAACGACGGUCUUUUGUUUUCUGUCCACGUGUUUUUUUUUCCUUUCUCUAAUCUCGUAACAUCUGGCUUGGAGAAAAAUGCAGUCUUGGACGAUCGGUAUUUACGUUACGAUCAGCGCGACAAUUCUCAUUCAGAGAGUCCGCGGUACGAUAGACGUGAAUCUGAGCGAGUUUGAGUAUCUCGCGGCACGACUGGACCCAUUCGAGUGCAGGCGAUUGAUCGCCGCGCUUCAUUACACGACUUACGACUUGCCGAAGAACCUGGCCGCGGCAGAGCGCAAGGUGGACGAGGAGAUCCCGUGUCUGCGUCAACUGCUUCAUUGGAACAGUUCCCCGGCGGAGGGCCGGGGAAAGACGCACGCGGCGAUUAUACAUCGACUUCGACAGCUGAAUCGCAACGAUCUCGCCGAUUGGCUCGGCAGAACCGCCUUCAGACAACUGGGAAAGGAUCUGGACAAUGCUAUUAUGCUGUCCUUCGACGAGCUCGCCGAGGAAGAAAUGGAAACCAGCACGUCGGCAUUCCACGCUGCUAAUUAUAUUCAGGGGCUGGGCAAAACACGAUCGAAACAUCAUUCAUAUACAAAAUGCGAGAUAAUCCGUAAAGUAUGUUCUAAUUGCGAAAUACAAGUGGUGGGGAGGAGAGUGUAUCUGAAAAUUCAAACAUAUUGGAUGAUGCAAACGAUUUAAAUACUACAGGAGACACUGUUGGCAUUUGUAUUCUUUUUUUUUCAACGUAUUUAAAUGAAUCAGAAUUUAGAUAAGGUGUAUUGCCCAGCUCUGAUUAUAAUUCCAUCUCUUUUAUCUGACUUCUUACUGCCUACUGUUUCCUUUGACAUGAAAGUUUUUGUCCAAAUAAUGCACGAGAUAUUCGUUGUUUACAGCUUAUUUACGACAACCGAGUCUGUCAUUUGGACUCGAGAGGAAGAUCCAUGGUUACCAAUCGACACAGUUCUUAUGGCUAUCGUGCUUGGAUUGCUAGGAACACUGUUUGUUCUAAUUGUGGCUGUUAUUAUACACGCCGUCAAAAGCAAUAAAAACUAAAUACCACGCGUAUGCUCUUCUUUUCCCUUCCCUGAAGUUUAAAAGCUUGUAAAAUAUAAAUAUCUCUAUGUUAAAGAAUAUAAACUGACGAAAAAAAA